GCAGGCGCGAUAAAGGCGCGGUGCCUGGUCUGGUCUCGAGUGUCCGAGCUGCAGCGGCCGGAGAGGAGUGGCCGGAACCUCUCGUUUUUCUGCCGUGCUCUGACCCUGCCAACUGUGAGCUAAAUAAACCCAGCCUCAGACAUUUUAUCAAUAGAAGAUGAACUAAGACACAGGCUGUCAGUGCUAGGAUGAGUUCAUCCUAGUGCUAGAUAAACUGCUGGACUUCCGAGGCUGCUACUAACCAAUACAUUAUGCUGACCCAGCGCAAGAACACAAUGUACUAAAUGAUCUCAGCUUAUUAGAGUAACAAGAAUAUCUACAUUUCCACCACUGUGCCUUGUAGAAUUUUGAUUCAUCAUGGAUCAUCUGUCACCCGAAGAUAUUCAGCUGAGGGCUAACCAGCUUACUGAUGAGUCUCUGGAGAGUACAAGGAAAAUCCUGGAUUUAGCCAUUCAGUCUCAGGAUGCAGGAAUCAAGACUAUCACUAUGCUGGAUGAACAAGGGGAACAACUAAACCGCAUAGAAGAAGGCAUGGACCAGAUAAAUAAAGACAUGAGAGAGACAGAGAAGACUUUAACAGAACUCAACAAGUGCUGUGGGCUUUGUGUCUGUCCAUGUAACAGGACGAAGAACUUUGAGUCUGGCAAGGCCUAUAAGACAACAUGGGGAGAAGGUGGAGGCAACUCACCUAGCAAUGUGGUAUCCACGCAGCCAGCCCGUGUCACAAACGGGCAGCCUCAGCAGCCAGCCACUGGAGCCACCAGCGGCGGAUACAUUAAACGUAUAACCAAUGAUGCCAGAGAGGAGGAGAUGGAGGAGAACCUGACUCAAGUGGGGAGUAUCCUGGGAAACCUAAAGAACAUGGCCUUGGACAUGGGCAACGAAAUUGAAGCUCAAAAUCGACAAAUAGACUUGCUCGCGAAAAAGGUUGAAGUCAGCAAAGAUCGUAUUGACGUUGCCAAUACCAAAGCAAAGAAACUCAUUGACAGCUAAAGCUACUGCUGUACUUCCUUACCAUUUAUUUGCUUCUCCAUUUGCUCCUCCUCGCCAUUGCCUUUUCAGAGUUGGAAAUUUUGAUCUAAUCUGAAAUUUUGUGCUAAUUGGGAGGUAAUGUAGAAGGGCCGGUGGAGUAACAGCCUUUCUACUUUAUUUUUUGUUUCUCUUGAGGGUAGAAUAUGCUCAGCCUUCACUAUUUUCUUUUUCUAUUCAUAUUCUUAGAUUGGUUUUCAUACGUCACAUCUAGUGGGAAAGGAGAAAUAUCAUCCUCUUCGCCUCAGCAGGUUCUUUUGCUUUCACGAUUUGGAAGCAUUGCCAAAGAUAGCCUUAAAGAAGGCAGCUGUGGAGGUAUUUUUUGUUUUUGUUUGUUGGCUUUGGUUUGUAGUAAGUGAAGGACAAGAGAGAAGAGGUUGUUACCUCAGUAAAAAUAUGCAGGCCACAAAACAAAAAGUUGCAUAGCCACAAUAAAGUCCUAGUCAUGUUCAGUUUUUUAUUUAAGUUGCUGUUUUUGCCAAUUAAGGUUAGUUCUUGGUCUUGGAACUUUUAUACACAGUAUCUUUAUCCUACAUCACCAUUUUGUAACCCCUGCCUCAAAGAGUUGAAGAAAAUGUGUUCUUUCUCAAGCUUAGCUGGACAUGGUGGUGCACACCUGUAAUCUCAGCCAUUGGGAGCUUGAGGUAGGAGGAUCACCACAAGCUCAAGGCGAGCCUUGAGUUCAGAGCAUUUUGAAUUCUAGAAAUUCAUCCAUGUAUAUAGAUUCUGUGAUCCCAGUUCAUAUUGCACAUGCAGGAACACUUUGUACAGAUGUGUGGCUUUUUAUUUUCAUAUUAGUAGUAGUUUCACAGCCCCUUUACAGACCUAUUAACCACAUAAGCUAGUCACUAAAGUUUGAAGAAAAAAUGUAAAUAUAUGUGUGUAACACAAGAAUCUCUAAAGCAAGGCUUAAAUUUUUUUUGGAAAAGUUGACAAAAUACAUGAAUUCAGAUUUACCUCAAUGCUAAGAAUUAUGUUUCGACAGGAAACAGCAAACUUACUUUGAUCUCAGGUAGAAAAAUAGAUUUCUUUCAGUUUUAUCUAGCUUUCUAUGUUUCAAAAGUUAGAAUGGACUUAUUGUCCUACUAAAAAUGAUUUGGAAAUUACAUCUUUGGCUUAAUUAUUGGUGAUUUCACUGUUAUUCUUUUAGCCUUGUGUAGCGAACUAUGUCCAGAAUUGAGUUGUAUGUAGAUCCCAAACAUUGUUAUGGGAAUAUAAUCAGUAUUUGUUACCUUUAUUUAAAAAUUAGCAUUUGCACACCUCAGAGCUGUCAGUGUGGAUUCGUUCCACCAAUAACCACUCUUUGAUUCUUAUAAUUAAAUUUUGUAACUGAC